AUGUCUUCUGCAGGAGUCACCGCUGGUGGACCUCUGUCCUUGGUCAGCCGGCGGGGGACGAUCCGCCGGCGGAGGGCGGCGCCGCCGAUGGCGGCCAUCGGCGCCGGUGGCGUCGCGACUUCGCCGAUCCUCACGCACCUGCGGGAGAGGUGCGCAACGCCGCUUCCCGUGCUCCGCCGAGUGGCGGACGCGAUGGCGGCGGAAAUGAGGGCCGGGCUGGUAUCCGACGGCGCCGGCGAUCUCCCGAUGAUCCUCAGUUACGUCGACUCCCUGCCGAGCGGGUACUCACUCCCACAGCCCCAUCUUCUUCCAUCUCUGCGUCUGAUCACGAUGCUCGUGUUUUGAAAUUUCGCAGGGACGAGAAGGGGGCGUUCUACGCUCUGGACCUCGGCGGCACCAAUUUCAGAGUCCUGAAGGUGCAGCUUGGCGGAAGGGACGGGCGCGUCGUGGAGACCGAGCUCCAGUACGCCCAGAUUCCUCAGGAACUCAUGUUCGGUACCACAGAGGUCGAUCCGCUCCCUGAUCACCUCUUCUACUACGGGCGCUGCGUGGGGAUUGAUCUUGCCCGGCGGCUUUCCUAACCAGAAAUCUUGGCCGAUCAGGAACUGUUCGACUUCAUCGCCUCUGAGCUUGCGAGAUUCGUCUCCAAGGAGGGCGGAAGAAGCCUUCACCUUCCUCAAGGCAAGAAAUGGGAGCUCGGGUUCACAUUUUCGUUUCCAGUGAAGCAGACCUCCGUUGAUUCAGGGAUACUAAUCAAGUGGACUAAGGGUUUUUCCGUCUCUGGAACGGUCUGCAUCCCUUCUUCUUUCACCUGGUUUUUGUUCUUCCAUUCUUUACCUUCUCAUCAGCAUCUGUCGUUCAAGAUCUUAUAAUCUUCGAUUAUUGCGGAUCUAAGUGCAUAACUGUGACUUACAUAAAUCAGCUUCUUCACAUCUUUCAUCAAUGUCAGCUAAAUCAUUGUAUCACCAGCAUGUUUUGAUGAAGAUCUAAUAGUUCAUAGCUGCGAUUAUACCCAGUCUAUUUCUUCUCAUCUCUCAGAUAUGUUGGUUCAGAAUAUGCAAUAUCUUCUGGAUUAAAGUUUUUAGUUUUCCCAUUCUUUAGCUGCCCACCAACAUCUAUCAUUUUGGAUCUAAUAAUCGUCGAAUUUUUGGGAAUCCUAGUUCAUAAAUGUGGCUAUAUGCAUCUGUUUCUUCUUGUCUCUCAAGUACAUUGGUUCAUAAAAUGAAAUAUUUUCAUGCUCUUGACAGGCAGGGAGGGAUGUGGUUGCUUGCUUGAACGAAGCAAUGGAGAGGCAAGGACUCGAUAUGCGUGUAUCAGCACUGGUAUAUAUAUAUAUAUAUCCAUUAUGCUCAUCGAUUCCAUCUUUAUAAACCAGUAUCAUUAAUAUUUCCAUCUUGUGCGUAAUAUUCUUUUGGGCUAUGAUUGAUGGAUAUAAUCUUCCUCAUGAACCAGGUCAAUGACACGGUGGCCACCUUGGCCGGAGCACACUAUUAUGAUGAAGAUGUAAUGGUUGCAGUGAUCCUGGGCACCGGCACCAAUGCUUGCUACAUAGAACGGGCCGAUGCUAUCCCGAAACUGCAGGGUUUGAAACCAAGAUCUGGAAAAAUGGUGUGUAGUUGACUUUACAAUCUGGAAUCCGCUCAAAUUAUUUCAUUUCUAGAAAAAUUCCAAAUAUGAAAUCUUUUCAAAUUAUUUUUCCAUACAAAAAAAAUAAAUCACGCAUAGUUUCCCCCUCCAUUCAGAAAAAUUUCAAAAUGGAAAUCAUCCCCCUUUGGUUGCCAGAUUUGCUUUGACAGUGUUCUACAGUGCAGAUCAUCAAUACUGAAUGGGGAGCAUUCUCAGGUGGGCUCCCUUUGACGGAGUUUGACAAAGACGUAGAUUCUGCCAGUGUAAACCCCGGCGAGCAGGUACCCAUUUCUUGCCCAUACCUGUUGUCAAUUCAUUUGGAUUACCAUGUAAUGCGCGCCUCCUCAUCUUGGGCUGUAGAUAUUUGAGAAAACAAUAUCAGGAAUGUAUCUAGGAGAGAUUGUACGAAGAAUCUUACUCAAAAUGGCGAAGGACAACGCUUUGUUCGGUGAUUCAGUUCCCCAGAAGCUCUCCACACCUUUCAUAUUGGGGUGAAUGCUUGUCUCCCCUCGCCAAAUACUGUGUUCUACAUGAUCCCUGAAUGAAUACCUUUUUACUCAAUCUUAACCAAAUUAGUAUUUAUUUUUUUAAUUUAUUCUCACAUUUAUCUACCAAAAAUAGUGAUCUGAGCAAAAUUACUUUUUUGAAUAAGUGCUUAUUCUAAAUUAUUUUUUCCACCCACAUUGUUUUGAUUUAUUUUUACAUUUCUACAGAAAAACUUGAUUCUCAUGCAGAGUAGUGUGUUCCUCUUGAUCUCCGAAGGAAUUGUUUUUUUUUUUUUUUUUUUGACAAAAAAACUGGGUGAUCUGUUUCUAGAUCACAUUGUGCUCGCAUUUAUUUUGCAUUUGUGUUGAGAUUUUUCUUCCAGAAACAGUGUUCUUACGGAUCCCUGAAUGAAUAUUUAUGCUGUUGUAAACCGGGUGUAUAUUUUUCUGCCAAAGACUCUGUUCAACCUGAUCCCCGAGGCCAUCUUUAUUAUCCCAAGUCAACCUAUGCUUGCAUCAAGUUCCCAUUUUUCUACCAAAAAACGGCGUUCUCUACUAUUCGGAACCAAGUUUACAUUCUUUUUUAUUUUUCAAAUCUCCGUUCAUAUUCUUCCACAAGAUCAGGAGGCUACCAUUUGAGCUACUUCCAUUUCCAUUUGCAGCACCCCCUGUCUCUGCGCCAUGCAGCAAGACGACACCGAUGAUCUCACAGCCGUCGGAGCCAUCCUGAGCGACACCACUGGGGUACUCACCAGUCAAUAUUUUCCCCUUUAAGGGGGGGUAUUAAUCUCCAUAUCCGGCCCUGAGCGAUGAUGAUGAUCCCAUUUUCAGGCGCAGUCCUCCCUGAAGGAGAGGGAGGUGGUGGUGGAGGUCUGCGACACCAUUGUCAGGAGGGCCGGCAGGCUGGCAGGGGCGGGCAUUGUGGGCAUCCUCCAGAAGAUGGAGGAAGACUCCCAUGGCCUCGUCUUGGGGAGGAGGACGGUGGUGGCCAUGGACGGCGGCCUCUACGAGCACUAUCCCCAGUACAGAAGGUACAUCCAAGAUGCUGUUACAGAGCUUUUAGGGCAGAAGACCUCCGAGAACAUCGUGAUCGACCACAACAAGGACGGGUCGGGCAUCGGGGCGGCGCUGCUGGCGGCGGCGAACUCCAAGUAUGUGGGGUAG